UUCUCUCUGCCUGCCUCGCCUUCUGUUGAGGUUGUGAUCUAUCUAUCUAUCUAUCUGUCUGUCUAUCUCACCGUCUGCGUAGCUCUCCGUUCCCGUUCAGGGUCAUUCGGUUCAUCCGCUGCUGAGCGCGAGCGACGAUGGCGACAUCACGGGUGUCUUCCUUGCUUCCGUUUUGCUCGUGACCAGUCGGUGGAUUUCUUUAAAAGAGAAAAAACAACGCAUUACGCCGUGGAAUAAAAGGAGAGGGUUUAUAGUGGAGCCCGGUACUGAAGAAGAAGAAGAAGAAGAAGAAGAAGAAGAAGAAGAAGAAGAAGGGAGGGACCUGUGUCGGAGUCGGUGUUGGUGCGCGUGCUUGCCGUGUCCCCCUCCCCCGAUACCCCCACCCCCUCGUGCCUGUAUGAGAGGCUGAGUCACCCACCGCCGGAGCGCCCGAAGGGUCCCGCACACCGCGAGAGCGAGACGCGGGGAGGGACGUGGUGAACGAGCGAGUGGACGCUGAAGCGUAGGAGAAGAAGAAAGCGAGAGAGAGAAAGGAAGCACAGUGGCAGGGGUGGGACGAGCGACCCUGAGAGAAGAGGACGAGCACUGGGCUCCCCCCUGACCCCUAAACACUCGAGCUCGGAGUCAUCAUGAACGACCAGAACGUGGUGAAGGAGGGAUGGCUGCAGAAGAGAGGAGAAUAUAUAAAGAACUGGAGGCCUCGAUACUUCCUCUUGAAGACUGACGGCUCCUUCAUCGGCUACAAGGAGAAGCCCCAGGACGCAGACUUCGCCUACCCCCUCAAUAACUUCUCUGUGGCCAAGUGUCAGCUGAUGAAGACGGAGAGGCCGAAGCCCAACACCUUCAUCAUCAGAUGCUUGCAGUGGACCACUGUGAUCGAGCGAACCUUUCACGUGGACACACCUGAAGAGAGGGACGAAUGGGUGGAAGCGAUACAGAUGGUGGCGGACAAGCUGGCCAAGCAGGAGGAGGAAGGAAUCCUGUGCAGCCCCACCACCCAGAUCGAGAUCGUCAACGAGGAGGAGAUGGACACCUCCAUCAGCCACCAUAAACGAAAGACGAUGAACGACUUCGACUAUCUGAAGCUGCUAGGCAAAGGCACCUUCGGGAAGGUGAUCCUGGUGAAAGAGAAGGCCAGUGGAACUUAUUAUGCAAUGAAGAUCCUGAAGAAGGAGGUCAUUAUUGCCAAGGAUGAAGUGGCCCACACUCUGACUGAAAGCAGGGUAUUAAAAAACACUAGGCAUCCCUUUUUAACCUCUCUGAAGUACUCCUUUCAGACCAAGGAUCGUCUGUGCUUCGUGAUGGAGUACGUCAACGGCGGAGAGCUGUUUUUUCAUUUGUCAAGAGAGCGCGUGUUUUCGGAAGACCGGACCCGUUUCUAUGGCUCCGAGAUCGUCUCUGCACUGGAUUAUUUGCACUCUGCUAAAAUUGUUUACCGCGAUCUUAAGCUGGAGAACCUGAUGCUGGACAAGGACGGCCACAUUAAGAUCACAGAUUUCGGUUUGUGUAAGGAGGGCAUCACUGAUGCCGCCACCAUGAAGACGUUCUGCGGAACUCCGGAGUAUCUGGCACCCGAGGUAGUGUUGGAGGAUAACGAUUACGGCCGGGCGGUGGACUGGUGGGGGCUCGGCGUGGUCAUGUACGAGAUGAUGUGUGGACGCCUUCCCUUUUAUAAUCAGGACCACGAGAAGCUGUUUGAACUGAUUCUUAUGGAAGAAAUCAAAUUUCCCAGAACCCUCUCUUCUGAUGCCAAGUCUCUGCUCUCUGGCCUGCUCAUCAAAGACCCUAACAAAAGACUCGGAGGAGGUCCGGACGACGCAAAGGAGAUCAUGAGACACAGUUUCUUCUCUACGCUGGACUGGCAGGAGGUUUACGACAAAAAGCUCGUUCCCCCAUUCAUGCCCCAGGUCACAUCCGAGACAGACACCAGGUAUUUUGACGAGGAGUUCACAGCUCAGACCAUCACCAUCACCCCUCCGGAGAAGUUCGACGAGGACGGCAUGGACUCCGCCGACAGCGAAAGGAGACCGCAUUUCCCACAAUUCUCGUAUUCAGCCAGCGGGCGGGAGUGAAGCUCGCUCGUCACCCGGCGCCAGUGUUUUCAUCCCAGGCCAUCUAAGGAAAUUACGUAGCCAUGCUAGGAAAAGUCUGCACUCUUUCACCUCCUCCUCCUCCUCCUCCACGUCCUCCUCCUCCUCUUCCUCCUGUUUUCUCUUUAAUUAUUUAAUGACUUGAUGAAGUUUUCAUUUUGUUGGGGUUUUUUUGUUUUUGUUUGCUUUAUUUUUGAUGUUGCGAUAAAAGGGGUUUUGCACAGAUGGGUUCGACUGAAGCGAAUCAACCCAUGUAAAAAAAAAAAAUGUAAAAAAAAAGAAGAGGAGAAAACAAAAAAGAAGGUCUUGUACAUUUUCAGCAUUGUUGUUGUUUACAGUAGAUCAAGAACAGAUUGUUUUUUUGUUUGUUUAUGUUGGGGUUUUUUUCUUUUCUUUUCCCAGCGCAUUAAAUUAUGUCCAUCAGUAUUACCAUUGACGUCGAGCUUUUUAGGUUUGUUUGUUGUUUUUGGGAGGUUUUUUUUUUUUUUUUUUUGGUGUACGUGUGCUUGUUUUAAAGAGCCGUUCUGGGGAACAAAACCAAAAAUGUUGCCUUAUGUGUGCGGACAGACAGAUGGACAGAGGGACAGGGUUCUUGGCUCGUGAAGACUUUUCUCAUCUUUCUGUUUCUGCAUCGCUCUGUAGAACACGUUCCACCUCUCGCACCCUGCGACACUGUGGGUGGGGGUGGGGGGGGCGUGUACGAAAGAAAAACACGAAGGUUUUGUUUUGUUGUUUGUUUGUUUGUUUGUUUUCGUGUCGUUCAAAAGGGAAAGAUUUCAUUUACAGUCCGCAAAACUGCCAGUUACCGUACCGUAAACCUCACUCAGGCGACGUCUGUUAAACACGACUCAGAGACAGUAUAGACAGAAUGUCAGAGCGCGGAUCUGGGAUCAGUUCUUCGCUUUUCUGGUGGAAUCUCCCUCACAGUUGAGUGCAAAAGUUUGCACCCCCCCCAUAGUAUUUUUUUAAAAAUACAGUUUAUGAAGGAGCUAGGAUGUACAAAUGAACAUUUUGUAGAGAUAUCGGUGUAAUAUACAAGCAGAAAGAAUAACACCCACCCACCAUUUCCCUUUUAGAGUAUCCUUAAAAUUCCUGCAUGCUAUAAGCUGCCCGUUUUUUUUUUUUUGCUUUUCUUCUAAGUAUUUACUCGCACACGGAGCCUUAACCUUAACGCUAGGAUCCUCCUUUUCCUUUCAAAAUAAAAAGUAGCACGUCGUACCUCCUUAUUUCACAUUUCAGCGGAAGACGAAAUCAUUUCGAGAUGAAAUUACCGAAACUAAAACGAAGAACGGACGAGUUGGUUCCGGCCGAGGGGACCGAAGAAGCCGAUUGACAGAUAGAGAAGAGGUUGAAGGGUGGAGACCGGGUCCGGGGGCGUCGCGUCCUCUCGUUUAUUUUGGUUCGAAAUGUUGCUCGUUUUCCGAUUUUACAGGAAAUGUAUUCCCCCCCCCCCCCCCCCCCCCCCCCCCGCCCACCCCAGAAUAUUUUUUUAGAAUUAAUAUAUCGACUCGUUUUGGAGUUCCUUCUACUCGUUUCAUCACGUAAAGUCUAGAAAUCGAAUAUUCACGAUUUACAACACGAGAGCGAAAACGAACCGGCGCAGCGCGUUUCAGCGUGAACCGAGUCGACCUGGAAGUGUGUCGGCUGUUCGUGGUUUUUUUUUUCCCCUCUGGUGUAGAUGUGGUUAAGGUGUACUCUGGAAUUCUGUUUUUAUAAAGAAUAUAUGAUAAGAAUCGGAUUAAUGUAUGCCAAAAAAAAUAAAAAUGAAAAGACAUUUUGCGUGAUUAAAUUGUCGUGAAAUUGCCGCACUUGCUGAUUUAAAAAAAAACAACAAAAAAAAAAAAAAAAACACCACAAUUUUUGUGUCUUCCUUCCACCGUCACCCUCGUGCUACGUCUUACGUUUAAACAUCACGUAGCGAUCCGUGAUAGCGGUGCAUCCGGGUCACUCGAGAUCGUUUAAUGAUGACAAUAACAUCAUGAAAUGACCGAGAAAUAACACGAGAGCUUCCUGUAAUAUUUAUUUUAAAAUUUUUUUAAAAAACAACUGUUUUUUGACAUCAGACUUACAUAUAGUUAAUAUUAUUAUUUUUUUUUUUCUUCCAUUAUGAAACGAAAAACACGAACGAACUCGACGGAUGCGGACCAGAUGUGGAGCUACAAGUUCUAACCGUUUUUUUUGUUGUUGUUGCUACUUUUAAAACGAUAACGAAGGAACAUCUGGGGAAACUUAGCGUGUUAAACAUCUUCUAAAUUUCGUCAUGUCGUCUAAAGGUGUACAAACUUUUGCACUCAGCUGUACGUACGAUCUCGGAUAUGAACGCGUUCGGGAUGGCGCUGAAAACCUGAUCCCGGAUCGGACCGGCUCUGUUUAUCAGACGUUUUAUAGUCAUUUACAAAAGUAUUUAACAGAAGGAAAAAAAACAAUAUGGGGGGGGGGGGGGGGGGAAUAAUACCACGGAAAUAAAUACAUAAAUAAUAUUUAUAGAUAAUAUAUUAAAUCAUAUAUAAUGGAUUAGAAUUAUGAGUAAAUCCGGGCCGUGUUCUGGGAGUACUGGCGAUACCCGUGAUACUGGGAGAAAACGUAUUGCGAUGAGCUGUAUCGCGAUAUCGAGGUCACGUGGUCACAUGGCCCAGCACUUCCGCACGGCCGGUAGCUGUAUGUACAGAAACCUCACUACAGAUGAGCGCUUUCACACGCGAGAGCUUGUGCGUACGCUGUACGCUGUGUUCAAAUCCUAGAAAGAAAAACCAAGCGAGUAUCAGCUCUGAUCAACUAUCAACACACUCCUUACUGCUUACUCUUCCUUUCAUUCGUUUUGUUGUUGUUUUUGGCAUUAUCCAGUUCAGUUUAGCUGGAGAAAGUGACUCCAGAUUUAUUGGCACCCUUCAAGCGUGACAUUUCUGAGCUCAGAUCUACAGGGACGUUGUCGUAACAAAGGGAUUUUACACGUGUGCAACAUCAAAUUCUUUCCCCGGGGAAACAGGGCGUGGUUAAAUGCAACAAAAGAGUUUCUGGACUCUGAGAGGAAGUUGUUUGUUGUUUUUUUGUUUGUUUGUUUGUUUUUUUUGUAUGUUUUUUUGGGGGGGGUUCUUUUAAGGAAUGGCAAUUUGAUUGCGUUCAUGUAGGGAUGUCGGUCAUUUUGGCAACCGAAGAGGACAAAGGCUAACACGUGAUUCCUUUGAGACGCACUGAAAGAAAAAAAAAUCACAGCAAUUCUGUUUUCCACUACAAAUACCAUUAAAACCAUUACUGCUCCAUAAUGGUGUCCACUAGACAAAACAUGCCACUAGUAGAAGGCAACAAAUUACCAGUAGAGACCCACAGGGACCAUUACAAUUUCCAUUAAAACAAUACACAAUUCCCAUUAUAACCAAGUGAUCAGCUACCGUCACUGUGAUUGACAGGAGAGAGAGAGAGAGAGAGAGAGAGAGAAUAGGCCCCUCCCACCCAGAGAGCACGGACAAUUUAGCUCCUUCGGCUCCCACGGGCGAGAUGUUUAUAAAAUGUUUAUAAAAUAAACAUUACACCAUAAUCUUUUUUUUUGUGCUUAUUUUUAUGAAAGGUGCCAAUAAUUUUGGAGUUCACCGGAUGAUGUGGGCACGAUGCGGCAAUCAAAACCCAGAUCAGAUCCCGUUUACCCAAAACGACCCAGGACUGCGUCCAGAAUCACUUAAAAGUGCACAAUUCAAUACGGAUGAUUCCUGCGCCCAAAUGUAAUGGCACCCCUGCAUAUCAGUGCACUACAUACUGUGUAAGAUAACGGCCUUGCCUACAUUACACAUAGCGUUCUGUGCGGUAAUCUGUGGUUAGCGAUACACCUUCAGACUCGUCCAGCUCGUCCGAUCCGAGCAUGAUCUAAAUAUGCAGUGGUGUCUAUUUCUUUGUCACAGCAGACCUGUGUCUUAUUGUGAGAAGACAAAACGAUAUUUGACCAUAAUGUGAUCGGGGGGGGGAGGAGACAGAAAAACGUUUCCACAGACUCUGUGGUAUUUAAGUCCCGCCUCUUUUAUAUCCGCACCAAUGAGAUGCGUUCGUUCGGUUUUAAAAUUGUUUUCUCUCUGUAAUGCUGAUUUUGAAGCGACAUCAGGUUUUCUAAAUGUUGGUACCAUGAGACUCCCGACACCCCCCCUCCCCCUCCCCCUCCCCCCGUCAGUGUAUUUUUGUACCACAGUUCUACUUUUCCGCCAACGUUACGCUCCGUCUCUCCUUCUUGUGUGACGAAGGUGUGUCGUUUUACGAAAGAAAACAAAAGGACGCGUUCCGAAUUUCGUUUUGGUUCUUCGAUGACACGCAUUGAGUUGUUCUGUUGGUUUUCGUUUGGGGGGUGGGAGGGGGUUGUGGUUUUUUUUUUUGUUUGUUUGUUUGUUUGUUUUCUUUUUUUUAAAUACCAAAGCGAUGCGGCAGGUUUACAGUAAAGUGUCCUGCUUUAUUGCUGUUUGGUAAUAUUUAUUUUAAGUUAUAAUAAAAUGAUGGAAAAACUA